CUUCCCAUUUAAACAACUGUCAUUUACUCCCAACUCAUCUCUCAUAAAUGGAAUUGUCUACCUGACAUCUGUAUCUGAAUAUGCAUUGUACAUUUCAGUUAAUAAUGUUUGGCUGUAAGAUUUCUCAGUGAUAUUUCAAAAUGUAAUAUGAAUGGAACAGUGCAAGGCCACAAAGGCAAUUGGUAUAAAGAAAUAAAUAUUAAAAUUUAGUAGAAAUAACUACUGUCCUUUGCAUAUACUGAUUAUGUGGAAAUGGAUUAGGAAAUCAGCUUUAAACCUUCGCAUACUGACAUUAGGUUAUCUGCAGAAUUCACUCAGAUAUUUCAGCCUCUAAUUCACAAAUUCCUCUCCUUUUGAGAAAUAGCUUUCUACCUUCAUCUGUACCUCAGCAGUUUAGUAUUUGACACAAAUGCAGAGAGAAUGUCUUUAGAUACUUUAAAUCAAGACUGUAUUGUUGAAAUGCUUGGCUAACAUUCAUAAUAAAAUUGUAGGAUUAAACAAAUUGGCAUUAGUGGUUAUAUAAAAUGUAUUAGCAGUCAUUUCCUGGGAUUUGCGUUUUUAUUCUUGUUUGUAAUAGAAAAGUCUCUUCAGUGUGAAGCAGUUAUCUUUGGGUUUACUGACCCUUCAUCUAAUGGUUGGGAUAAAAAUGGGGAUUUGUCAGACUUAGUUUUAAAAAGACUUGCCAGGAUUCACAUGGCCCACUUUCAUUUGAAUAUAUGAGCUGGAAUCUGAUUUAGUCGGCAGCAGACUAUCCUUCAGUAAGCAGCAGCGGAGAAAUAUACACAGUUUAACAAAACGCUACAAUGUUUUGUACUACCUUUUCGGGGAACCCUUCUGAGGAUGUGACAGACAUCAACAUUAGUGGAUGCUUAGGACCACUAUAUUGUCACGUUCUUCCUAAUGAUGAACUUUAUAGGCCUCUUUCAUCUUCACUAAUCGAGCUAUCUACCACUGAUGGAGAAGGUGCCUGUGUUAUGAUGGGGAAAAUUUUAUUGGAUAUAAAUAUGGCAGUGUUAGAAGAAAAUAGAAGUUUGUUAGACUCAUGUGUUCCUCGUGGACAACCAAAGUCUAAUGAGAGUGGUCCAAGUCUGCCAAUGGCAACUGUUGACAUAAAAAAUCCAGAGAUUACAACUAAUAGAUUUUAUGGUUCUCAAGUCAACAAUAUGUCAUAUACCAAAGAGAAGAAAAAAGGAAAAACAAAAAAGAAGAGAUUGACAAAGGCAGAUAUUGGAACUCCCAGCAACUUCCAACACAUUGGACAUGUUGGCUGGGACCCAAACACAGGUUUUGAUGUUAACAAUUUAGAUCCAGAGUUGAAAAACCUAUUUGAUAUGUGUGGAAUUUCAGAGGCUCAGCUAAAAGACAAAGAAACGUCCAAGGUUAUAUAUGAUUUUAUUGAAAAAACAGGAGGAGUGGAAGCUGUCAAAAAUGAAUUACGUAGACAAGGUCCACCACGCUGGAGUGCUCCUCCUCCACCCCCGCCAUCUCGGGGCGGUCCCCCUCCACCACCACCACCACCGCAUAGCUCAGGGCCACCCCCUCCUCCUGCUAGGGGAAGAGGAGUUCCUCCACUGCCUCCUGCAAGAGCACCAACAGCAGCGCCACCUCCUCCACCUCCGUCUCGACCUGGUGCUACAGUACCCCCUCCUCCACCAAACAGAAUGUACCCUCCACCUCCUCCAGUUCAUUCUUCCUCUGCACCUUCAGGCCCACCUCCACCCCCUCCCCCACCAUCAGGAGGUAGUUCUGUGCCCCCUCCCCCACCCCCUCCCCCACCCCCUCCUGGUCCUCCACCUCCACUUGGUCUUUCAGUAGAGGUAGACCAUCAGCUUCCAGCUCCUUCAGGAAAUAAAGCAGCCCUCUUAGAUCAAAUCAGAGAAGGUGCCCAGUUAAAAAAAGUGGAACAGAACAGUCGUCCAGUCUCCUGCUCAGGAAGAGAUGCUCUACUUGAUCAGAUACGACAGGGUAUACAGUUGAAAUCUGUGUCUGAUGGCCAGGAGACAGCACCACCUACAGCUGCACCCACGUCAGGUAUUGUGGGAGCACUAAUGGAAGUUAUGCAGAAAAGGAGCAAAGCCAUUCAUUCUUCAGAUGAAGAUGAGGAUGAAGAAGAUGAAGAAGAUUUUGAAGAUGAUGAUGAAUGGGAUGACUGAUCAAUUUAUUAUAUCAUAUAUAUAUUUUUAAGGUGAAAUACUAAACUACUUUCUGUCUAUGGAUUCUGUAAAAUUAUCAUGUAAAUGUUCUACCUAUUUGCUGUAUAUUUUUGUUGCCUUUUGCUUUUUUAUUAAUCUGUGCAAUACCUCAUUUAAUCUGUAAAUGUUUGUCAUAAUCCUAUACAAAGCUACUCCCUACUUAAUGUGUACAAGUUUACAUCAGGUUGCUCAAUGUACAUGUGAAUACUUUCCAUUCCAUCAGUAAGGGAGUUUUAAUGUAAUAUGCGAAAUUGACAAACACACCUUAAAUGUAUUUAGUUAUAAUGCAAGAAGGAAAACACUAUUUUCAUACCCUACUUUUCUGUAUCUAAAUUUUCUUAUUAAAACCUAGUAUGACACUACAUUCUUUCAACAGUGCAGUUCCUAGUUUUAAUCCCUUCACGUUGGAAAGUAUGCUUUAUCAGCUAUGGAUGAGUCUGAUAAAACAAAGAACAAUUUCAGUUCAUUACACGACAGUUCAAAUUUAGCAUUUAAGCUAUGCAUGAAACACAACAGUUAAGUGGUUAUGAAAAUUUCUCCUGAUUCUAGGGCAGUGUUGUCUCCUAUUCAGGAAAUACAGACACCUGUAAACAGAAUCUAGAAACAUCCCCGUUGUUUUUUGAUGUAAGCUACCUUUGUAAUUUUUGCAACCACCUUUCACAAUGAAGAAGAGUUUGCAUUUAUGGCAACUGCUGCAGUUAUUUGUGUGUGUAUAUGUGCAUACACAUACACAAACAAACUGAAGGACUGUGGUUAAUGCUCAUUCUGAUCAGUAAUGGAUUUAAAUUAAUUUUAAAAUGUGUAGGGCAUUGAUAUACUAAUAAAUGAGUUUAAAUGGUGUAACUCUGCAGUCUUUAUGAAUUUUGGUUCAAACCCACACAACUAGGCACCAGAUACUACAUUUAGAAAUCCAUAACAUUCAAUCAUGGAUGGAUGCCUUAAGUAUAUGCUUCUCCUAAUUGCAAUAAGCGAUGGAGCAUUCAGCCGGGGAGGGUGGGCUCGGUAGAAUUGGCACAAGCAUGAGUUUCUCUCUGAUAUUGCCUCUUCCCACCAAUCUAGUUUUUGUAUUUCUUCCAGUCAGAUAGUUAAGACUGGGUGGCUUCACUGCCUGUUAACCUGUUAGUUUUGAUGGUGCUGAGGUCCAGUUCAAUAUUCAUCACAGGCUUCCCUAUGGCCCUUCAAGCUUUAUACGUCUGAGUUGCCCUGAUUCCUCUUGACUCUAAAUCUCUAGACCACGAAAUGAGAGAGGAUAGAGUUAAUUGAGCUGCCUUUUAUCUUUUGGGAGAGGCUUACUAUUACAAAGUUCCUAAACCACUGCUUUUUAUAUGUACUGAACUUGCAUAUUGCAAUAUUGAUUUGUCUUGCGUUUAGAAAUAAUACCAAGGGAUAUAAUCUAAAAAGAUGGAAGGCCCUAUGCUUGGAAUUGCAUUCCAGUACAUGAUGGGAAAAUAUGAGUUCUCAUCUUUACUAACACUAAAUGUUUGGAGUAUCUGCCUGUUUUUUCUGCAGUACUGCAUUUAUGAUAGGCAAUUGUCUAUGCUAAUACUGUACUUGCAGUAAGGCAACAUUUGAAUAGAAAACAUUAGAAAUAUCACUUGUUGCACUGAUGCAAAAUGUUUCAAGUGAGAAAUAUUUGGAGUACAAUUAACACAUGCUUCUUUUCUCUUCCUUUUUUUCUUAUGCUAUUCAUGGUAUAUUGGAUAAAAUUGUAUUUACUGAAAUCCAGUGUUGGCCUGAUCUUGACAGGCGGGACCUGCAUGAUAUGGCUUGAUAUCUAGGGCAGUUAUAAUGUACGUUGAGCAUUUCUAAUUGCAUAAGGAGAACCGGAUUUAAGAGGUUAUGUUGAUGAAACGGAGUGAGGUAAGCAGAAGCUAAAUUAUUCAGAGGAGGGUCAUUUUUUUUCUUUUAAGCAGAAAUAAUGGAAUUGGGGUAUCUUUCUCCUAAAGCAAUCAUAUUUAUAGCAUUUCCUGCUGCCAGAAAGACUUUUCUACUAGCAUUUCUGCUCAUAGCACUUGAGGGCUGUGAGCAGCGUGGCUAAAACUUGAUUAAAUGCUAUAUAGUGGGAGUAAGAAUGUGUGCACAUGGGAGGUGGUAUUAAUGGCCUUCGGUACAGUUUUUAGUGUUGUCUCUGAGUUCUGAUACCAUAAAGGGCAUUUUAAAGUGGAUACUGCUCAGGUGGCUUCCAAAGAUGUUACUUUAUAAGCAUAAAUUAAGCACAUGCUUCUGGAGUUGAGAGAGUUUAGGAAGAUUAAUAUUUUGGGGACAUUUCCGUAAUCCAUUAAUCACUUGUCACAGGCUUUUGUUCGUUUGUUUUUCCUAUAGAAAGUUUAUCCACAUUACUGCAGAAGAGUUCAAAUGUUUUGCUUUCAGUAGCCUAUCGUAUGGUUUUAACUUAAAGCAUGAUUGCAGUUACAAUAAGGCUAAAAAGUCACAGCUGCAUGUUUCACAUUCUCCUGCUUCCACCGAGGGCAGGAGUGGUGUUUCAAGUCAUUGAAUCACUGCUGCUAACCGUUGUAACAGGGCAGCCUCAUGUGCCUGUUAAACUGACUGUCCAAGUAGCCUUGGCAAUUAGCAAAUGAGCAUGAGGACUAUAUCUCAACACUACGCUUAGACAAUAUCCGCUAGCCGCUUGUACUCUGAAAACAUCUCAAUCGUUCAGCUUUCCGUUUCAUCAAAUUGAAAUUCUUGGUAUGUGAAUUUUUGUUUUGGCUUUCUUUCGUUCUUUCUUUUUUGAAAUGUACAGUGAAUAGGAUGUUGCACUGGUGGCAAUUCAUCACGGAGCAUAAUAAAAUUAAUUUGACUCUGUA